UAAGAGCAAAAAGCAAUAACAAAAGCUGAAAGAAUAAUAUGCGAAGUACGAACCCGCAUACAUAGGCAUUAGCACAUAAAUAGAACAUAUAUAAGUUGCAUUCUUGUGCCAUUUUUACAGUUAUUCGAACAAACGGCUCUCGAGCUAAUCAAAUAACAGCUCACUUGACCCCAGCAAUAACAGCAAAACAACCGACACAACAAGAAGAAGACAGAUUCUUAUUAUAACUGGAAAAUGCGGCAAAUUCCAAUGAACCCAAAGGAAACAUUUUAUGUGCUUUUGCUGCUCGCAAUUAUUGCGCAGUGUAGCAGUUUGAACUUUCGACGUGGACGCCAUGUGAAUGGAUUCCUUGGAGAGCCGAGUAAGGUUUUGAGUCUGCAGCGUUCUCUGGAUGUGGAGGAAUUGUGGUUCGAGCAGCGUUUGGAUCACUUUAAGGCAGACAAUAGGCAAACUUGGCAGCAGCGUUACUUUAUCAACGAUCAACACUAUGUCAACGACAGUAAUGCGCCUGUCUUCAUCAUGAUUGGCGGCGAGGGGGAGGCGACCAAGAAAUGGAUGAACGAAGGCGCCUGGAUCCACUAUGCUGAGCACUUUGGUGCACUCUGCAUUCAGCUGGAGCAUCGUUUCUAUGGCAAGAGUCAUCCGACUGGUGAUCUCUCCACUAGCAACCUAGCCUAUCUCAGCUCGGAGCAGGCACUGGCCGAUUUGGCCAACUUUGUGAGUGCGAUGAAGUCCAAAUACAAUAUGAAGGCGACUCAGAAAUGGAUCGCUUUUGGUGGCUCCUAUCCGGGUUCGUUGGCUGCCUGGGCGCGCGAGAAGUAUCCCGAUUUAAUCGAUGGCGCCAUCAGCUCAAGUGGCCCACUGCUGGCCGAGGUCGAUUUCCGGCAGUACUUUGAGGUGGUCAAGGCAUCGCUGGCCAGCUACAAGCCGGAUUGCGUGGAGGCUGUGACGCGCAGCUUUGCCCAGGUCGAGAUACUGCUCAAGCACAUGAUUGGUCAGCGUAAUCUCGAUGAAAAAUUCAAAACCUGCACGCCCCUAAAAGACUCGAUUGAGACUCCAUUGGACAUUGCGAAUCUGUUCGAGAACCUCGCUGGCAACUUUGCUGGCGUUGUGCAAUACAACAAGGACAAUAGUCCGCAUGCCAACAUCACCAUCGAUGAGGUAUGUGAUGUGAUGCUGAACACACAGCUUGGUCCGCCUGUGACACGCUUGGCGGCCGUUAAUGAUAUGCUGUUGAAGCAGUCCAAGUCUAAGUGUCUGGAUUACAAGUAUGACAAGAUGAUUGCUGAUAUGAAGAACGUAUCGUGGGACUCGGAGGUUGCCAAAGGCAUGCGUCAAUGGACCUAUCAAACGUGCAACGAAUUUGGCUUCUAUCAGACGUCGGAUAACAAGUCGGACACGUUUGGGGAUCGCUUUGGCGUUGACUUUUUUGUACGUCAAUGCGCCGAUAUCUUCUCCGAGCGCAUGGACGCCAAUUUCGUUGAGCAGGCUGUGCUGGCGACGAACAAGUUCUACGGUGCUCUGAAGCCGGACACAACCCAAGUGCUUUACGUGCAUGGCUCCAUUGAUCCGUGGCAUGCGCUGGGUCUCUACGUCUCGCCAAAUGCAAAGACGCCCACCAUUUACAUUGAAGGCACCGCACACUGCGCCAACAUGUACGAGCCGGUGGACAGCGAUCCGGAGCAGCUAAAGGCGGCGCGCAACAAGAUACUCAAAUUUCUUGCCAAAUUGUUGGACGGCUAUGCCAGCUUUGCAAGCUUCACAUGAAACCAAAUACAAUCGCAACACAAAUGCAAUUGUGCAAACUAAGCGAAAUAAUCAACAACAAUAUAAAUAUAUAAAUGUGUAUCUUGAAAUUUAAGAUUUAUUUGCUUUGUUUGUUAUAUCUGGAAAUGCUACGCAUUCGUGCAUUAAUAUUACUCAUGAGUUGCUUGUGCCUA